AUGAGUCCAUCUGUGCAACAAGAGUGCACAUGUGCCCACGUCUGUCCUCCCUCUGCACGACUCCAGAUCGUGCUGGAGGAGGUGGAGGCAGAGGAGGAGGAGGAAGAGGAGGAAGAGGAGGAGGAGGUGGCAGACAAGCUAAUGCUAACAAACAAACAUCUCUGGAUCGUGGCUCACAAACUCACACCCAUUCACCUUCAAGAGUGUAUCUUUGGACUGAAACUUGGAGAGAACCGAGCAAGAGACCCCACCGUCAAAAGGAUAGAUGUUCUGGAACCCCGAAGAUGUGUUGAAGAUCUAAGCAGAGGUAUUGCAUCGGAACGGAUUCCUUUCCAAGAUGAAUAA